AUGAAAGGAAAUCCUUUUAGAGUUCCUCUAGUCUCACCAACUGGAACGAAUAGUACGAAGCAAAGUGUUUGUAAUUGGGAUACAAAUGGAAGAACAGUAGCAGGUGGAUCCGGGGGCUCAAAUUCAAAUCAGUUCUCAAGCCCUUAUGCUUUUUGGGUGGGUAGCGACAACAGUAUCUACGUGGUGGAUACUUUUAAUAAUCGUGUUCAACAAUGGUUUCCUGGAACCAACAAAAUCACAACAGUAGCAGGAGGAAAUGGAGCAGGAAUCGGUUCUGGACAAUUAUAUAACCCGCAAUGUAUUCAUGUUGAUAAUCAAGGAAACUUAUAUAUUUGCGAUACCGGUAAUUUUCGUGUUCAGCGAUGGACACGUGGUUCUAGUAAUGGAGUAACGGUUGCAGGAGGAAAUGGGAGAGGACUUGCUUUGAAUCAAUUGACGGAUUGCACUAGCCUCACUUUAGAUGAAGAUGGUAAUAUGUAUAUAGUAGAUCGUGCUAAUCACCGAAUACUGAAAUGGGCACCAGGUAGUGACUAUGGUAUCCUUGUCGCUGGUGGUAAUGGUGGAGGACUAGCUUCAAAUCAAGUAAAUAAUCCUUUCGGAGUUACUUUGGACGACAAGGGUAAUUUGUACGUUACAGACACAUUCAAUCAUCGUGUACAACAAUUCGCUCUAGGUGUGAAUAAUGGAACAACUGUAGCAGGCGGAAAUGAAUGUGGGUUAAAUUCUAAUCAACUAUGUUAUCCAAUGGGACUGUAUCUUGACGAUAACACCUUAUUCAUAGCUGAGAUGUAUAGUAGCCGUAUACAAAAAUGGGUGAUUGGUGAUAGUAGUGGAAUUACAGUUGCAGGCGGUCGUGGUCAGGGUUCUGGAAUAGAUCAGUUAAAAAUUCCAUAUUCUGUGGCACUAGGUCCAAAUCGUAAUUUAUAUGUUCUUGACACAGCUAAUGUCCGCGUUCAAGAAUUUGAUGUCAGUGACAGUUUAGCUUAUGAUGGAAGAAACGUAGAUUAUUACCUGUUUUUUCAAGCUCUUGGUCCUGAUUUUCGCCAUUACAGAUCAUUGAUUUACAAAGAAAAAUCUUAG